AUGUCAGCAUUUCUACAUCAAAGGCCACUUCACAAUGUUCAAACGGAUUCAUACUCCAUCAUCCCUCGAUCUCCGAAUGAUUACCAAAAACCGUCCACGAUUAUCAACCGAACCACUCUCUUACUCCUCUUGAUCCUUCUAGUACUACUUGGAGUUCUCUUCCCAUGGAUUUCUAUACCCAAAGGUCUCUUCAGUACCAAUUCAAAACUCUCAGUAUCGAAAUGGAAGGACUACACGUUGGCUGAGGCGGUGGCGAGUGUGGCGAAGAAUGGGACUGUGAUUGUUUGUGCUGUGAGUCAGCCUUACUUGCCUUUUUUGAACAAUUGGUUGAUUAGUAUAGUUAGGCAAAAGCAUCAGGAGAAGGUGCUUGUGAUCGCGGAGGAUUAUGCAACUCUGUAUAUGGUUAAUGAGAAAUGGCCUGGCCAUGCUGUGCUCGUGCCGCCUGCGCCAGAUUCUCAGACUGCUCAUAAGUUUGGGUCUCAGGGAUUCUUCAAUUUUACGUCUCGAAGGCCACGCCAUCUACUACAAAUUCUGGAGCUUGGCUACAAUGUCAUGUACAAUGAUGUUGAUAUGGUCUGGUUAGCAGAUCCAUUUCCUUCUUUGCAAGGGGAGCAUGAUGUGUACUUCACAGAUGACAUGACUGCGGUGAAACCUCUGAAUCACUCUCACGAUUUGCCACCUCCAGGAAAAAAAGGGCGCACUUACAUUUGCAGCUGUAUGAUUUAUCUGCGGCCAACUACUGGAGCAAAACUAGUUAUGAAGAAGUGGAUUGAAGAACUUCAGGCUCAGCCAUGGUCCAAAGCAAAGAAAUCAAAUGACCAGCCAGCCUUCAACUGGGCAUUAAACAAAACUGCAGGACAGGUGGAUCUGUAUUUGCUCCCGCAGGCAGCAUUCCCAACAGGUGGAUUAUACUUCAAGAACCAGACAUGGGUGCAGGAAACUAAGGGAAUGCAUGUCAUCAUUCACAAUAAUUACAUUACUGGUUUUGAGAAGAAGAUAAAGCGAUUCCAUGAUUUUGGCCUAUGGUUGGUGGAUGAUCAUGCCUUGGAGUCCCCACUUGGUAGAUUAAAAUGAGUUUGGAGCAAUUUGGCUUGUGAAUAAUGGAUAAGUUGAGGGACCUCAUGAUUCUUUGGUGGAACCAACAGAAUAAUUGUUGAACCACUAGUGCAAGUCCCACUGCCAAUCUUCCCCUUUUGGUGCUCGAAGGCUCUGCAAUCAUAUUUCGAGUAUACUAGUCCAUUGACAGCUAUUUCCUGAAUCGACUGUUUGCAAACAAUGGACAACGCAUCGCGAAAAAUUGUUUGUAUAUUGCGUUCAUUUUGGCACUUUCUUACUGACGCAG